AGAGAGUAAUCUACCCUUGGUGUGACCGUUAAUCACUUCCGUCAACCUUUCUGGAUCGUUAUACUGCAAUAACAAGUUAGAAUUUCAGCGUCACAGAAAAACGCUCUAUAAAGUCAGAAAAUGCGUAGUUUAGAAUCACAUGUCCUAAGUGGAUAAUGGUUUCAUGAUGAGAAAGGGAUUUGUAUUUGUAUAGUAAACAUUUGAAGGCAAAAAAAAACAACCCUUCAAUCAUGCUUGAAGGGCUGGCAGCAUGGGUCCUCAACACCUAUGUUGGGGAAUACGUGGAGAAUCUUAACACUGACCAGCUCUCCAUUGCAUUGCUUCAAGGUGCAGUUGAGCUGGAGAAUCUGCCACUUAAAAAAGAUGCCCUCAAGAGUUUAGACAUUCCUCUUGAAGUAAAGUCAGGUGUGAUUGGAAAAAUAACACUUCACAUUCCUCUGCGUCGUCUUCGCAGUGAACCCUGGGUCAUUUCAAUUGAAAAGCUCUAUCUUGUUGCUGGACCACUGAAAAAUUUACAGUAUGAUGAAGCUGUGGAGAAACAAGUCCAACAACAGCUCAAGAAGGCCAUGCUGGAAACUCUUGAAAGAAAAUGGCAGGUAUUGCGACAAACAAAACAAUCUGACAGUGGGUCUUGGUUCUCCUAUGGUGCUUCAAUGGCAGCUAACGUUCUAGAAAACAUACAGCUGAAUGUAAAGGAUGUGCACUUUCGUUACGAAGAUGAGCGACUGAACCCUGCAUGCCCUUUUGCCUGUGGAUUGACCAUCAAAGCCCUCAGUGUACAAAGUACAGACAACACAUGGGUUCCAAAGUUUGUGAGCAAUGACUCGGCUGAUAUUCUGCACAAGUUAGUAGACCUUCAGGAUCUGGGAGUCUAUUGUGACACAAACAUCUGUCUGCUUGGAGACUUACUUCCCUCCCAGCUAGCUGAUGAGCUGCAGAGGGAGAUGUUCCGUACAAAAGACAGUCAGUUUAAAGAACAUGAGUACAUCCUGAGGCCUGUCAAUGCACAAGCACAUGUUACCCGCAAUACAUCGGCACUCCCACUGAGGUCUGCUUCCACUCCUAGAAUUACUGUGGAGCUGACACUGGACCAGAUGGCCUUCUGUCUGGCUACUUCUCAGUACCGCAGUCUUCUCUUGUGGCAGAGAGAGUUCUCGCGCCAUGAACGUCGGCGAAGAUAUAGACGGUUCAGGCCUAGCUGCAGCAUUAGAAACAAUGCUUCCAGGUGGUGGCAAUUUGCCAUUCAGUCGCAUGUCAGUCAGAUCCAUGACCGAAACCAAAAGCAGACAAAAUCUUUCCUGACAGAUCGAGUUCAUCAAGUCGUCUUAUACAGUAGACUUUAUGCAAAUCACCUAAUGGGUGAGCCACUUACAGCACUGCAAAAGAUGGAUAAGGCUAAAAUUGAAGAGGAGUGGGACUAUGAGGAACUAAAGGUCAUCCGAGAACGAAUAUUUUUCAAGCUUCGCAGAGAAAAUAAACUGUCUAUUGAGAUCACAAGGAGGGGGCAGACUAGUGAACAUGGAGCACAGGUUAGUCAGCAGACUGCCAAGCAACAGCAACAGCAACAACAGCAGAGUCCAGACACUGACAGCGGUGGAGGUGGUCUUUUCAGACGGUGGUUUCCAGGUUGGUCUGGAUGGUAUCAGCCAUCCCCUGCAUCAGAAGCUUCACAGGUAGCUGCAGAGUCCCCAGUGGUUCCAGUGGUCCAAGAAGAAGAAGAAGCCAGCGCAAUGCCAAGACCUGUAACAUCAUACGAGGAGGAGUCUGAGAUUGAGCAAGAAAUCUUGGAUGUCAUUCACGAAUCAUCUGAAAAUAGCUCUUUCCUGCGAAAAGACACUGUGUUUGCUCGGAUGUCAUUUGCCUUGAAAACUGGGUCCUUCAAGCUGGUGGAAAACUGCAUUGGUGACAUGGAAACAUCAAGCUGCUCACUAGCGGAGAUGCAGUGUGCAACCAUCAACAUGGAGUUUGAGUCCCGUCCACGAACAAGUGCCAUGCGCUUCUCAGCCACAGUUGGAAGCCUUUUCUUGGAGGACCUCAGCAGCAAGAGUUCAGUCUUCCCCUAUCUCAUUUGCCCACAGACCAAGGACCCUAACAGCCGCUCAGCGAACCCCAUUGUACAGUUGAGGGCAGCAGAGAAGGGGAGACUGCUGACAAAGGAAGAAAUGUCGGAUCCAAACUGGCAGUUUUUUAAGCUGGUGUAUGAGAAGAACCCCAGUAACAGCUCUUUUAAAUACAAGGCACUGGUGACCACCCGACCCAUUGAUAUUGUGUAUACCCCAGCCUUGCUGCAUAGAAUGAAGGAGGUCUUUACUGUACCCAGCACAUCUCUGUACAAGAGUGCAAAUGCUUUGACAUCAUGGCAGUUUGAGAAGUUGCGGAAGCAGACCCAGGAUGAGUUGAAACACACACUUGAUCAGUUGCUAGAAGCGGAAAACCGGAAGGGGCGAUGGUUUAUAGAUUUUGAUAUAAGUGCACCAAAGCUGAUUGUACCAGAACACUUGAAUGAAGCCAAUCCACCACUUGUUGUUAUGGACUUGGGCAAUUUUCGCUUCAAGACAAUAGCUGCAGAAGAUGAGGCAGUAGAAACCAAAACCAGUCAUGAAGAAACAGAAGAAGAUUUCCAGACCCCCAUGUCCACACCACCUAAUGAAGAGGGGAGUCAGGACAUGCAGACAGGCGCUGAUGCUGGCAAAAAAGAUGCACCUUCAUUGAACAUUACUGAUGCAGCUAUGAUGGACAAACUCUAUGAAAAAUAUAAAAUAGAGUUGACUGAAAUGCAAGUCCUUACUGGACGUCUCCAUGACAACUGGCGACAUGCAUAUGCUCGUGGCACCAGUCUCAUGCACAUCUUGGAUAGGUUUAGUAUCUCACUGCAGCUUGAAAGACGGCUGAUAGUGACAUCUGACCCACAAUGGCCAACUGCCACUAUGUGGGGCACACUACCUUCUCUCACCUUUCACCUUAACGAGAGAAAGAUUCAGGCUUUACGAACCUGUGCAGACAACCUGUCUUCCUCCAGCAGCUCGUCUUCUCUUAUGUCAUCCCAUAAUUUGUCAUCAUCAAACUUUGGAAUGAGCAUCGCACCAUCAAGUAGUGAUAUUCCACGUGAGACUGACAUCACUGUGGAGACAGAAGACAGUGGAACGCCUUUGGAUAACAAACUCUUUCUGCUUCAGUUUUGUAUCAACAGUCUUUCCCUAGAGAUCCAAAGUCAAGGCCAGGCUUUGCUUGAGCUGCGAGUGGCUGGGGUUCAAGCAAGUGUCCAGAAGAAACCAGACACAUCUUCCCUGGCCUUGACAGUUCACAGUCUGUUAGUGGUGGAUGCUUUGCAGAGCUAUGGACAGGACUUUGAGCUGCUAGUUGCCUCUCAUCACAAUGUGCAGCUAGACAGCUUGAGUGGAAGUAUCCGUGGAUCCGAGAUCAGUUCUCCUGUGUCUCCACAGUCACCUUCCUCCCCCUCCUCACCACGCUCCCCAUCCCCUGGUGUGCCAGCGUCUGCUUCAUCUAGUGGCCUGCAGGCCAUUCAUGAUGCACUUGCCAGUGCUCUCCAUUCUGUGAUGCCAAACUGGUCAGCGGCCCAGAAGCCCUGUGUGCAAGACCUGACAGAUGAAAGUGGGGGUGAACCACGAUCAGAGGCACUGAUUUUCUUGGAGUUUGAGAUCAUUAAAACCCCCUCCUCACCACAUGGGACAACUUCAACUAAAGACCAAGCAAAUACCACGGAAAUGCACAUUCUGAACCUGCAGUUCAACAGUUUAGAUUUCAUUGCUAAUCAAGAGACCUUGGUGGAAAUUCUAGGAUUCCUCAAACGAACUUUUCCCAGCCACGAAGCUGUUAAAUCCAGAGGAACUUAUGGUGGAAGUAGUCACUCUGCCAGUCAAACAAUGACCAUGGGGAAAUCAGAAAAGGAGAGCAGCAGCCUGUUCAUUAAUGCAAACUUCAAGCGACUUAACGUACUCUUGCUACGAAUACUUGAAGAAGAUGGAGAAAAGGUUGCCAGAAAGGUAGCUACAGCAACCAUGUCCUGUGCCAAAGUUCAAUGCACACUGGAUGCUACCUGGCAGGUGGAAGGGAGCCUAGGUGGCCUGCAUCUUUUGGAUGUGGUGCCUGAAGGCACACGGUAUCAGAAGGUGAUCAGCAUUGGUCAGACACAGUUACCUGCCCUUAACACCACCAUGUUGCCACUUACUCCCUUGUCUACAUCUGCCUCUUUCUGUCCCCAUGCAGACAUGUUUAGAACAGCUCUUGAUGAGCGGGCGUUUUCUGAUGUGUUUCCCAUCAAACCAAGUGGAAGAGUUGCAUGUCAAUUUAGUAUCACAAAACACUCCAACAGCAGUGGUGCAGGGUUCAGUACUGGCAAUCCUGAGUCUUUAAACGAACUAGAAGUUGUGGAGGCAUCCUUUGACAUGGCCUCUCUGUGGUACGUCCACUGCCCAAAGUUUCUGGAUGAACUUCUAGACUGUGUGUCAGAAUUUAAAGAGUAUAUGUCAUCAGUGGCCACAUCCAUCAAAACUGCUGCCACAGAAGUUGCCAUGGGCAUGGUGGGUGGCAGAGCAGACAAAGACGUUGUGGAGGGUCACUCCACCACCUCACUCAAGCGGGAACAUUCAUUUGGAGACAUCACCACCACAGUGCUUCUUGAUGAGGAUGUCAUUAUUGACAAGAGCCACGCAGGAGGAGAUGGAGUGGCACAAAUCACAGAGGAUGGUGUGGUCAAGAACAGCAUCAUGCUUACUGCCCGCAUGGAGACUCCUGUUUUGAUCAUUCCACGCACACCAAACAGUCCACAGGUUCUUCUUGCUCACCUUGGAGAGAUUGUUGUGGACAACACAGGCAGUCGGGACCACAUGAAUCUAAAUGAGAACCGUGAAGAUUUGAAGUUGUCCCAGUUUAUGUCAUUACAUGCUGCUGACAUGUGUGCCAGGGACAAGAUAUACAUCUCUCUCACCAACAUGAAUCUCUUCUCAGUUGAUUUUGACAAAAAUAAGAAGCUUGGUCGCAGCCUAUCAUCGUCAUCAUUUUCUGGUCUUACGCACGAGCUAGGUGUGCCCAUCUUGUAUGAUACUGCUGUGGACCUGACAAUUCACAAGCGAAGUCUGGAUGCAUUUUUUAUCAACAGUGGUUUGGAUAACCUUGAUGGACCAGGCCUGAAGCCAUUUACAAUAGGCCGUCCAUCAUCUUUCUCUACAUUCUGGCCUGAAAGAGACGAAUAUAGAGAAGUGUCUUCAGUUCUUGACAUUUCCAUUAAUAUCUCUUCUCCCAUCAAACUAGGGCUGUCUAAAGAGGUAUAUGAGCAGAUACUGCAGACGAUGGACAAUCUCACUUAUGAUGCAGAGGUGUUAACAGAUGUGAACAGAGUAAGCAAGGAUGUAUCUGAGGUAAGUAGCACAGUUACUGUUCAAGGGGAGCCCAUUUCAUUGGCUAGUAAUGGAACCAAAGGCAGCAGGGAUGGGUCAAGCUCUGGAGAGACCCUUCACCAAGAUGGAACUCUUUUAGAGGUAACAAGACAGCACGAGAAAAAGGCCAGCAGUAUGGCAUCUUCAAUACCAGGACUUGUGCAUGUUGAAGGAGAGCCAUCUGUAUCCAGUUUCCUGGCUAAGCGCAUUCAGUUCCAGGUGCCUCUUUUUGAAGUUGAACUGCGUGGGGACUUUGGUGAAGGUGAACAGGGCCUUGUUAACCUGCAGCUCUAUGACUUUGCUGUGGACUUUGAGAAGAAUGACAGAGCCACCACUCAUCUUAAAGUCCGACUGAAAUCACUGCAAAUGGAUGACCUGCUAGAGCCACCCGAGUCCUUUCAUCGCCAGAUCAUGAUCUCCCGCAGUCCGCAGCUGGAGCAGAGGCACGAGAGGCACUAUGAGCACAAAACCUUCAUGUCCACCUCUUGUCCUGACAGCACCAUCAUAGUACCUGUGCCCCAGAUGCCACGCUCCCUGCCAUCCAGCUUCCAUGAUCUUCAUGCUGGAUCUGCACAUGCAAAGACAACACCUGGUUUGUCCAGUGGCAGACAGAAAGAGACAUUGAGGCGCCCCACUUCCAGUCGUAGUGACUACCCCUACACUCCUCCACCCACCCCCCACCUGCAAGAGAUGCUGCAUGAGCCAGAACUACAUGUUGAGGAUCUCGUCCACAUUGAUGUUAUCCUGGUUGACAAGAAGCAACCAGAAUUCAUCAGCAAGUACAACAAAACAAAUCGUUUUAUAAAUGUCAAGUUCAGUUGCCUGGACACCAGCAUCAACCUUCAAACAUGGGUAGUCUUGCUAGACUUUCUUGGCAUGGGUGCUCGAGUGCAUGAUCCAACCCAGGCUUCAAGCGCCGAUAAUCAGCCCACCAGUGCUGCCCAGGAAGAGGCCAAAAGUGCAACUGUCAUAGCAAGUGGUGAUUUACAAGAGGUGAUCAACUCGGAAAUAAAAUUCCAUGUUGAGAGCUUCACCCUUAUCCUUAACAAGCCUGAAUAUGAGUUGGCCCGAGCAACAGCUGCUAACCUAAGUACACAGAUCUCUCUGCGGGAGGGCAACAUGUCCUUGAGUGGGCAGCUGGGUAGUCUGUCCCUGCUGGACCAGUCUCCCCAUGGCUCCCGCUACACACAGCGCUUUGUGUCUGUGGGCAAGCAGGUCAUGCAGUUCAAGAUCUUCAAGUAUGGACUUCCAGAUUUUACCCAAGUCCGUGACUUUGACAUAUCGGUGGAACUGAAGAUGUCAUCAAUUCGCUAUGUGCACACAAAUCGAUUUCAGUCUGAACUGGUGGCCUUCUGCCAGCACUUUCUGCAACUUCAGGACGUGCUGGGGCGUAUGCGAGCAGCUUCUGCAGGACAAAGGAUUAAUGAAACAGCCACCAGAGGAGCCCGCAUCAAACUGGAUAUUCAAGCCGACUCGCCCAUCCUCUUGAUUCCUCAGAGUUCUCAGGCGGACGAAGUGCUGGUGACAGACCUAGGAAGACUGCGAAUCACAAACAGCUUUAUCUUGGAUGGAAAUGUGGGCACCUUGCGACAUGAUGAGCUGGAGAUGGCCAAGGACCAAGCCAGUGCAGUUCGGUCAAAGGCACAGAGACCUGGCACUGGUACUAAGCAAGUACACAGCAUGACAGAGAGCUUGUUCGAGCAAUACUACCCACCCAUAAAAGGUGACCCCAUGACAGCCAGCGUUUAUGGCAACCUAGAGGAAGACACAAGGCAUGAUGGACUAGAAAUAGCUUGCAGUCUGAUAAACACAGACACAGACUUCACUGGCGAAAUAAACACAGGUUCAAGUGUUGACCCCAAUGGCAAGAUUGCUAGAACUAUGCACUCUUUCACCAAUGGGCACUCUCCUUUUCAAAGCAAACUUGGCCAGACUGAGAAUAAAGAUGCUACAGAGUCUGAAAGUCCCAGUGAUGGGAGUAACUCUCCCUAUAAGUGCCUGCUGGAUGUCAUGAAGGUGACUCUAACAGACAUGGAUCUCUUUACAGCCCGUCGGGUAGCCAAAAAUGACUGCCAUAACAGAGGUGCUUCUGAUAUGGAGUUUACAUCAUGCAUUAUACAGAUUGAGCCAGGAAGGCUACUUCACAAAAAGAUCCAGCUGAACCUGCAUGUGGAAAGAAAUCUGGAGGGAGAUUUGAGCCACACAGCCCCAGACUGGCGAGCAGCAGGCCAGUUAUCAUCGGUGUACUGUCACUUGGACCUUGACCAGUACUCUCUGGUUCGUGGCAUCCUUGCCCAUAACCUGGGGGAGAAAGUGGAGGAGUUCCAAAGGCCUGUCAUGUCACAUCUACAAGAUCCCAGCAUACAGACAGUUCUUAGUGGUAAGGUGUGGCGCUCAAUCAGCCUGGUGAUGCAGCUGCACAACGUGACAGUGGAGCUGCUGACAUCACAUGCCACCACUGGGCAGCUGCCACGCUCCCUGGCUCGCCUGGACUUCAUCCGCUCUCGCUUGUCAUAUGAAAGCUUCUCUGACCAGUCUAAAGACAUAGAUCUUGUGUCACAUGAAAUUGUGGUUUCAGACACACGUUUCAAAGAAGAGCCAGUCAACUCCAGGCCCAAUGUGUUCACAAGCAUCUUGCAGCCGCCAGUCGGUUCUGACACUGGGUCUAGAGGCCUGCAGGUUGAAAUGCACUUCCGGUCUGCUCCUGAUAGCACAAAAUUCACUGUUCUGUUAAACAACAUGAGGGUAAUGUGUAUCUUUGAUUGGCUUAUGUCCGUACAAGAGUUCCUCAUGACAGAACCAGUAAAUCCUUUUGUUGAAGAGGAUGUGCCUCAGCCUGAACGGGCUCCUCAACAGCCAUCAGCCAUAAUGAAUAAAGCCAGUCGUACACAGAGUCCUUUGGCUGUGUCUCGUGGCAUCGUUACUAAACGUGGACCACUGGUGGAAGAGAUGAAGGUGCCAUUUGAGCUGAUGCUGAAAGUGGACAACACACAGUUUGUAGUGGUGGAGAACUGUACAACGCUUGACACUAAUGCUGUCAUUCUGAAGAGCACAGCAGUCCUGUUGUACAAGCCCCAGUCUCAGGACAAGGUGCUGAGCUGCAGCUUGAAACCACUAGAGGUCUUCUCAUGCUGCCUGAUGGCCGAGGAAGACACAGCCCUGUCUAUCAUUGACCCCAUGAAAAUCAGCAUUGAUCUGAAUGCCAACCCCAUUCCUGAGCCCUGCUUUACUAAGUCAGCAGCAGGCAUGGGGCUACUGGCAGUGCCAGAGACACAAAUGAGGCAGCUCCUGCUUGAGAUCAGUUUCAACACCAUGAACAUCCGUGUGUCCUACCAUGAUAUGAUGAUGUUUCUGGCCAUCAUAAACUCUCUGCCUGCGCAGGCCUUAAGGGCCAAGAGCCAAACCUCAGCUUCUAAUCAUCUGCCAUCUUCCACGAUACCAUCUUCAAAAGCCAUAGCUGUCCUGGAUGAAGCAACUCCUGUUGCUACUGCUUUUGCCACUUCAGAAAAAGGUGGAUCAAGCAUGAAAGAAACGGAUGUGGAACGUCUUGUAGAGAUGGGCUUCAGCAUGGAGGACAGCAAGCUUGCAUUGAGAAAUUGUAAGCAGGAUUUGAACCUUGCUGCUCUUUGGCUCAGUACGCAAGGCACACAUUUAGGUGCCACCUCCCCAGAGAACUGGGUGGGUGGGAAUGUUCUCACCACAAAGGGGCUGGCUGGGUCCAGUAACCAGAAAAUGUCUGAAACCCACCCUGCUUCACAGCCCAAAAGUGAUGGUGGUUUUUUGGUCACUGCCAUUAAGCUUAAAGCAGACAGCAUAUGUUUAUGUCUAAUUGAUGACUGUGGAGAUGCUGAUGUGCCGCUGGCUGAAAUCUCCUGCAAUGGUAUCAUCAUAGAUCAGUCCAUUGAACCAAGCAUUGAGGGCAAAGCAAGUUUGCAGCUUGUUGGAGAAUACUACAAUCGCAGUUUUUCAGGCUGGGAACCCUUCCUUGAGCCAUGGAAGUGCAAUGCUGAGUGGAAGCAAUACCAUGAUGCUGAGAAAAAACUGGCUGUGCAGGUUUUAGCGGCCGAUGUUCUGAACCUUAACAUCACCCGCACUCUGUUGGAGUUGUAUGGUCAGACCAAAGGCACCUGGACCCAUGAUUAUCUAACGCAGUACAGAGAGGACCAGAAGAAACAGAAACGUUUAGGGGGCACUGAUAUUCUUCAUCGACGUUCACGCUUCAUCCCCUACAAGAUACGUAAUGACACAGGGUCUCCUCUCUGGUUUAUGACUGCAACAUCUACACCAUCAAGUUUGCCCAAAGAGACUCAGCAAAGCAGUGUCCUGUCUAAUGAUUCCUGCUACAUCAAGGGGUCAGGCUGGGAACGUGUGGCACCAGGAGAGGCCAAGCCUUUCCAUUUUCACCGAAGAGAAAAGCUUAGGCACAAGAAAACACAUGACAUGCACAUCAACCAGUUAGUGGUGAUGGUGGAUGGAUGGCAGAAGCUGUCACCUGUGUCUGUGGACAAGAUGGGUAUCUACUUCCGACAUGCAGAGCCAAACAAGACCAAUACACUGCCUGCCAGGAUUGUGCUGGAUGUUCAGCAGGAGGGAAGUGCUCGUAAGCUGAUUGUUGUUCGCUCGGCCCUGAUGCUUGUUAACAAGCUUGACAGCGCUGUUGAGCUCAAGCUGGAGAACUCCAUUGAAAAGGGUAGGCACCAGAUCAUCAACCUACCUAUCGACCAGCCCACCCCUAUACCCCUUACCUGUGUGCACAGGCGCUUGUUUGCACGUCCUGCAGACUGGCAGGUGCACUUCUGUGAUGAGCCUAUUCAGUGGCAGCAUGUCACCAAACCAGGAGAACACAGUGAUGGACUUCGUUCCUGUGCUUCAUUGGGUGGCCCCGAUUGUUAUCGAUUCUGCGUCUCUGUCCUGAGAGAAAACUACCCAGAAGAUCCUGUCAGCAGCACCACCAGUAUGCCGGGUCAUAGAGUGACACUGCUGUCUCCUGUUACCAUCAUCAAUUUGCUGCCUCUAGAACUGCACUUUUAUUUACGAGGGACCGAGGUGUCUGGCAAUCUCAAGCCAGGGCGAGAAGCAGCACUGCAUGGAGUCGACUUGGCCAGCAGUCUUGAGCUUGGGAUUCACCUGGAGAAUUUUCCCACCUGCCGAGAGCUCGUCAUUCCUCCUAAUACUGUGCGGUACAAAGUUAAGAUACGCCUCUUUGACCUAAAAAACCGUCUGUUGGAACUGAUUGUUCGUAUCCUCAAACAUCAAGGUGGUGCACUACGGCUUAUGAUUGCGGUGCCCUUUUGGCUGGUAAACAAGUCGGGACUUCCCCUGGUGUUCAAACAGGAGGGUGCCAACAGCGAGUCUGCUGGCCAGUUUGAGGAGCAUGAACAAGCACGCAGCGUUACUCCCCUGCUUUUCAGCUUCGCAGACCAUGAGGAACCUAAUUUCGAUGGAAACAUUGGCUGUAUGGAUUUGUGUCAGAUGAGAGUAGGAAAGUCCGUGCACGGCUCUUCUUCAUCACCACAGUGGUGCUCUCGGUUUUCCUUAGAGGGUGGAAUCUCCUUUCGACAGCUCCAUGUGGUGCCUCGCCAUAGCAACCGACCUGACUGGUUAGUACAGUUGCAAACACAGGCUCGCCUGCACCUACUGCUACCCAUACCUAACACAUUGCAGGUGUACAACGUUGGCAUCCAAGUGACUCCAGGACGUGGCCGAUACCGAGACACCAACGUUGUGACCUUUGCUCCCCGAUUUGAAAUUGACAACCAGUCACAGUGGAAACUGGCUAUUGCACAGAAACAUCUCACACAGAAAGAGGGUGCAGGUUCUGUGUCUGAGGAGUACCUGUCAGCUCUCCCCCAGUGUAAACUUCCCUUCCACUGGCCGCGAGUUGACCUGGAUCAGCUAUUAUGCGUGCGCAUACUUGACAACCCUUCCUGUCGGUGGUCUGGUGGAUUUCACAUUGACCGAGUGGACUCUUUUCAUAUUAACAUGAGGGACGUUUCUGGACAGUGUCAACUGCUGAAGGUGGAAGUUGUACUGCAAGGUCCCUCCUACUUUGUGGUCUUUGCUAAUGCUGAUGUCAUGCCACCUCCUUUUCGCCUUGAUAAUAUGACAGAUCUACAAGUGCGAUACUGUCAGGCAGGCACAAGUGAUGACAAGUUGAAGGCCUUCUUACCUACACGCUCAUCAACUCCAUAUGCCUGGGAUGAGCCUACGCUGCAACCUCUUGAACUGCAGCUUCAGAUCCCAGGAGGGACCUCUGCCACAUACAGCCUUGACCGCCCAGGAGAAGGGCCACAAUUACACUAUGAGAACUUCAUAUACCUUGUGGCAUCAUGUACUUUUGACAAGAACUGGUCUGGACCUUGCAGAGAACUAGUGCUUGACUGCGUCCAUGGCAACAAUAUUGUUUUUAAGCGCAAGGAGAAUGGAAAACGUAGUCAGCUAUGGCGUAUGACAAGCAGUGGUAUGCUGGAACACGAGGGCUCUGUGUCACCACGAGAGCCCAGCAAGCCCCAAUCCUCUGCCCCUCAGGGACCAGUCCUGGACAUCUCAGACAUUGCCCCCCAACCUGGGCGAUCCGUUCCUCUGAUGCUUAAGAAACCUGAUGAGCGUCGCAAGUCUACACAGACCUGGAGGUUCACAGAGGACGGAAUGCUGUGUUGCCAUGCUGGUGUGAUGUGUGUCCAGGCAAUCGAUGGAGUAGAGAACUUGCAGGAUGGAGCAAUAGCUGUGCUGGGUCCAGGGCCACAGGGUCGCUGCAGCCAGGGCAGUGAUGUCGACACCAAGUUGCUCAGCCCUGUGCCUCCACACAUGAGAAUUUCUCGCCACAAGCUACGAGCUGGCUCAGGGUGCCUGUCUGUUCGUGUCACCAUGGAUGGGCCGAUUCGGGUGCUUCAGAUCACAGAUAUCAGAGACAGGCCAUCACUGAGGUAUCCUUGGCCCAGUAAGCUCCCUUACAGAAGGCAGCAACAGAAACAGUGCUAUGGACUCUGUUUUUCCCAUGAGCGAAUUGUGUGUCGGCCAGUAGAGGAAAAAGAGUUAGAAGACUGGGAGGUGUAUGAUGAAGUCACUAAAGGAGGAAAAGCUGUACAGUCUAGCUCCCAGAAGUCAAAAUAUCGCCGUUUAGAGAUUUCAGUAUCAUUUCAUGAUGGCAUUGGCAUCUCCUUGGUGAACAGCGUGCCAGAAGAACUGGUGUACAUUACCCUAUGGAACAUUCAGAUGGACGUCAACUCAUCCUCUUCAGGCAUCACAUUCGAGGGCUGUGUGGGCGGGGUACAGAUGGACAACCAGUUGUUUGGAGCCUUGUACCCAGUCAUGCUGUACAUGACCCCAAGCACACGUAAAGAUCAAGCUGACAAGACGCCAUUCCUGACUAUCUCAGCAGCAAAGGUGCCCAGCGCCAAGUGGAAUGCAGAAAUCUUCAAGCACUUCUGCCUCUCCACGAAGAGGCUUACAGUUCACAUCGAGGAGCGGUUGCUUUGGAAACUCCUUCAGUUUGCAGGUUUUGGCAAAGGCAGCACAGACAUGCACAAGAUGGAUGAUGUGUAUGACAUGCAAAGGCCUGUGUCAGCAGUUACAUUAAUCCAUUCUACACGGUACUACUUUGGAGUCCUGCGCCUGUCGACGGGACGUGUGACCUUGAGCAUGGCAACCUCCAGCAAACUUCCCUCAGACCUCAAAGUUGUCAAAAACUCUCUUUCUGUGCCACUGGUCGCUUUUGAAGAGGCCAAGGUUGACUUAGAUCCUUAUGUACGGCACCAUCCCUUUGAAACCAGUGAUUUUCUGCUUACCGAUGUCAUUCAGCACUAUACACAGGAGCUGAAGAGCCAGGCUGCUCGAAUCCUAGGCUCUGUGGACUUUUUAGGAAACCCUUUGGGGCUUGUCAACGAUGUUACAGAAGGCAUUUCAGGCCUCAUCAAUGAUGGCAACCUCAGUGGCUUGUUCAAGAAUGUGACACAUGGUCUUUCCAACACCACAGCUAAGUUUGCCAGCACAGUGUCCGACGGGCUAAGCACACUGUCGAUGGAUGACAGUCACAAUCAAACACGAGAAGAGUUUCGUGCUGUUCAGGCUGGACGGUCCAGUGAUCAUUUGGUGGCAGGCAUCAAGGGCUUUGGUUAUGGGCUGUUUGGUGGAGUGACAUCCCUUGUGCAUCAGGCAUAUAAGGGAACGCGUGAUGAAGGUUUUGAGGGUCUUUUCAAAGGAGUAGGGAAGGGAGUGCUAGGCACCAUAACCAAGCCAGUGUCAGGAGUGCUAGACCUAACCACAGGAGUGGCCAAUGCCCUCCGGGACACCAGCCGAGGCUCCUCCCACAAACCCCCACCCCACAGACGGCUGCCACGAUGUUGCCGUGGCCCAGGGGAUCUGCUGCCAGUAUAUUCUGCAAACCAGGCUUUAGCUCAGCAACUCUUCUAUGAUUUCAAUCAUCAAGAUUACUCAGAAUUCCUUAUUGUUGCGGAGCAACUACGAAGUGGUCCACAAAAGGGGGACAACUUGUAUGCCCUCAUCAGUAGUCGUCAGGUGAUAUUUGUGAACCAGCUGAAACCAGACCAGGACAACAUUGUCCUGCAAAUCCUUUUAAGUCAGCUGUCUCAGUGCCAGUGUGUGGAGAAAGACAAACGUUACUAUGUCAAGCUGACCAUGAAAUCAGACUACAAUGGUGGAGCAAACUUAAAAGAGCCACAAGUCAGAUGUGACCGUCAGCAGACAGCCAUGAAGGUCACUCAGGAAAUCAAGUAUGCCAAAAACAUAUACGAUGAAAAUAUACAGACCUUACAGGAAGUAGAGGAGGUGGAGGAUGAAGACUGGUAGAGUAAAUUAUAGGGAAAUGUUAUUUGGCAAAAACAUAGGAAUUGUAAAUACAGACUCGACAAAAACUAAGACCUUUAAGAAGAUAAAACUAAUAGACUGUCAACGUUGAGCUGAGAAAAAAAAAAAGACUUGGAUAGUUCUACAAGUUGUGAUGGUGUUGCUGUGUCCGGAUCGUGCCAUAAUGUUGUUAAUGUAAUGAAGCCAGGCGAAGAGCAGCUCCACAUCAAAAGUUGACAAAGAAGAACAUUGCUUAGAUACAGUUUGGCUGAGAAAUGGUGAUAAUAUGGCAAGCAUUUUUCUUGAUAUUAUGGUGAUAAAAAUUUUAUAACCCAGCUGAAUUUGCUGUGCACAAAGUGAAAUUGUGAAGACUGGGGAUGUUGUGUUUUCCAUGGUUGAAAUCUUAUUGCUACCUUGUUUUCCAGGCAUGGUGUGUGUGCACAUGCAUGUGCUGUGUUGGGUGUGUGAAUGCACAUGCAUGCAAAAAAUGCACCUGCAUAAUUUUUCAGGUGUGAAAGUGUACAUGCAGGCUAUGCAGAUGCCAAGGUUUUUUUAUUCAUGAAGAAACAAACAAAAAAAUAAUACUGCUGCUAUCCAUGACUGGCAAUAUAGACUCUUCAGUUAGUAGGAGCUCACUCUUAAAAGAUAAAGUAUUUUGGUAAAACUGUUUUUGAGGAUCUCUCUCAUAUGGUGAAUCUUUGUAUGUUUGUAUGUACUGGGAGAAGGGAGGCUGCAUUGAUGGGUGAGAUAUGGUAAGAGAUCAAAUGAGCAUCUAAUGCUGUACAGACAUUUUAAACACAGACAUGAAACACGUUGUGAUGACACCUCGUGACCCCUUUAUGUGCUCAUGUUAGCAGAUAGGAUUUUUGUUUCAUCUAAAGCGGUUAGAAUCUGUAAAAAUGGAGGGGAUCAGUAAGAUCUGCAGAAUAUUAUUUUAGCUUGUGGAACUAAACUCUCUUGCACAAUCUUUUGGGGAAAACAGUGGGAAGGUGACUAUCAAACUGUACAUAGUUUCCUGCCUCAUCUGUAUUAAUGCAUCUAGCAGUGAGUAUAUAAGAUGUGUAAAUAUUUAUAUAGUAUUUUUCUGUAUGUUUUAAGUCUGCAUUGGAAAACAUGCAGAUAAACUAGUAUUCUGCAAGUUCCAUGGUUUUAAUUUUAAUUUUUUGUUAUUCAUUUGACCGUCCUUGGCUGAAUGUCAGAAGGGAAAGAAAAUGUACGAGACAAGAAUUCUGCUUUAAUUCCUGGUUAUUUAUUGAUGGGUCUAUGAUCCAGUAAAUAUGAGGUCAUUCGUCCUAAUUAUUGUAAAUAAACAAGCUGCAUGAAGUUUGUGAUUGUGAAAAGCUGUUUGAUGUUAUAUAGAACACUAUGCAUUUUGGGGACUGUAACAUUAUAUGGCGUAUAAUGCAUUAUUCUUGAGUCUACGUGUGUAGAAUGGACAUUAUGUUGCAGAGAAAUUAUCAGGGUCCACUUCUUAAUUUUUGUAUUAUUAUUUAUGAAGUCUUCACCUAUGUACAGUGAAUCCAGUUUGCUGAUAUAUAGGCAUUGUGCACUUGUGCUUUGUAUUAUAGUUGAAAACAAAUGGUGUGUUAAAGAACAACUGUCAAAAAAUCUACAGCGAAAGCCGUCAGUAUAGAAGCCAUUUGUCAGAACCUCGUAUCUGCUUUACCAAGCUUAAUUUAAUCUCGGAGGCCAAGUGUAAUAUUCUCCUGUAAAUGUGUUAAGCUGAUAGACUGCUUGUUAUGAAAAAAACAUUUAUUGUAAAAUUAAUGGUAUUGCUUGGCCAUCAAAAGUUGAAGAUUUCAUAUUAUCCUAUUUUUUUCAUAAAUUCCACUGUUUAUUCUGUGUGUUUCUAUGCAUACUAAGUUCAUCAUUAAAAAACAUAUUUGUGCUGUAAUCCUUCCAUUGUUGUAGCAUCCAUCAUUACCUGUGACAUCAUCAAACACCUUUUUGGUGUGCUAUUUAUUUUCUUGAUUUCCAAGAAAAGCAACACUAUUCAUGUGAGUAGUUUAAGCCUCUUCCCCUUCCUACUUCUUAAAGCUUCUUUAGUUCAUGCAGUUAGUUUGACCAAAUAAUAUAACUCUUAUACCAUCCCAGUUGUUCACUUAAAAUAUGACUUAAAAAUUCUCUGAUCCAGUCUGGGUGGCCUUAAAAUAAAGCUCCAUGUGUAAAACAGUCUUACACUUUUGUCUGUGGCUUUCUCAGCAUUGUAGCCACAUGUUGCGGACUGUAUGUUAUGUUGUGGGAAUUUAAAUGACGACAUCACAAGGGUAUGACAUACUGCAAUGCACUAUUCUCUUCAAAUGUUUCCAUGUUUAUAGUUUUAAGGUUUUUCAGUUAACACAGCAUGGUUGUAAUUGAAAUUUACAGUUUGUUUAGUUGUUCUUUUUUUUUUUUGGUGUUAAUGAUGUUUUGGUAGUUCUACAUUCCAAGUAAUGAGAUGGAAAAAGUGAUUGUAGAGCUGCAGAAAGUAACUUUUGACAUGUUUAUGUCUUUAAUAUUUCUGAGAAGCCACAUGGAGGGGUAAUGGGAGGAAGCAAUGAAAGGUUCGUGUGGGAGAUUUUAAGACACGGUAUAAUUUUUUUUUUUAUUGGAAAGUAUCUGGAGGCAAAUCACUAAAAGUGACAUGAUUGAAUUUUACAGACAUAAAAAAUGUUUAUAAA